AUGAAGGGUGCCAGGUUUUGCGCCUUCUUACUUUUGGCUCUUUGCUCUCGGCAGUCCUUGAACUUGGUCGGCCAGCUGGGCGCCUGGGUCACGGCGCCCUACCGCUUCGUGCGCUUGGCCUCCGUGACCAAGGAGUUGGCAGCGGAGGCAAAGACGAAGGCCAAAGAGUUGGCGGAGCAAAGCUCCAGGACCGGUGGAGGAGCCGCGAAGACGCUGAAGGAGUUCCUCCCAGCUUACAUGAGGAGUCAUGUCAUCGCGCGGACGCCGGUGCACCAAUACCGGGAGCUCUUGAACACCACGCUCAACGUGCUGUUGGACUCCAUUUUUACGGAGAAACCCUUUGACUUCCAACCUUACCAUCAGGCCGUUCGAGGGCCAGACUUGGACUUUUACGCCUGGGGGAACGACUUCUUCCGGUCCAUGAUCAAGUGGCGCCACGCGCGCGUGGAGGGGCUGGAGCAGUUGCAGAGCAUUAAGGAGACCCUGGCCAAAGGGGACAACGUGGUGUUGAUGGCCAACCACCAGACCGAAGCAGAUCCUCAGGUGUUGUCCUUGCUGCUGCAGAAGGAGGGCUAUGAGGAAUUGGCCGAGAAGUGCAUCUUUGUGGCGGGACACAAGGUGACCACGGACCGCUUAGCGAUCCCUUUCAGCAAGGGGCGCUAUUUGCUGUCGAUUUUCUCCAAGAAGUAUUUGGAUGAAGGCACAGAAGAGGAGCAAGAGGCCAAAGCGGAGCGAAACAAGAAGACGAUCUCUGAGAUGCAACGGCUCAUGAAGGAGGGAGGCCACAUCUUUUGGGUGGCGCCUUCCGGCGGCCGAGAUCGGAGGCGGGCCGAGACCGGACGCUUUGGCCCGGCGGAGUUCGACGCGUCCUCGGUGGGGCUCUUCCUGCUCCUGGCGCAGAAGGCCGGCCGUGGUGAUGGCCCCACGACACACUUCAUGCCAUUGGCGAUGUGGACGCAUAGGCUGGUGCCGCCGCCCGAGGACGCCAAGGCCUCCGUGGGCGAGUCACGGUCGGCGCAGCGCGCCGCGGUGGGCCUCAGCUUCGGCCAGGCACUGGAUGUGAAGAAAGAGGGCGGACGGAAGAAAUUCCCGCCAGCGAUGGAGAAGCGCGUGAAUGAGCUCUAUGACGGCUUGGACCAAGCGAUGCCUUGA